CCACCAUCUUCCUCAGCAGGCAUCAACUUUCUUUUGUUUGUCCCUCUAUUUUCCUGAUUGUGGGAGGCCUCCGAUGGUCCUUCUUACGUUAACCGCCUGGUCUUCUUGAGAUCGCUCUACGUAUCAACUACACCCCUCCGAUCAUCAGUGUCAUCCCCUCCUCGAUUCUACAGCCAACAUGCCUCCCCCUCCGCCUCCUCCGCCGCCGCCCCCGCCGGGAGGGAUGGGAGGCCCUCCUCCCCCACCUCCUCCAGGUAAUCUGCCAGGUCGACCCUCUGGUUCCGAAGCGAAGGGCCGAAGCGCACUCCUUUCCGAUAUCAGCAAAGGUGCAAGAUUGAAGAAGGCCGUCACAAAUGAUAGAUCAGCUCCUUUACUUGCCGGCGGAGGCGUCAAGUCUUCAGGCCCGUCGGUUCCAAGCGCACCGCCGGUUCCAGGCAUGGCAAAGCCUCCGGCUGGACUUGCACCUCCAGUUCCCACGGCACAGGCCGCAAACCGACUACGAAGCAACAGCGAUAUUGGGUCAGGGGUGGAAUCAGCGGCGGGUGCUCCAGCAGCUCCCCAGCUCGGAGGGCUGUUUGCUGGACUGGGAGGAAUGCCUAAGCUACGCAGUCGAGGAGGCGUCGAUACCGGCGCUACUCGGGAAUCCCCAUACAUGUCUGACUCGGAGAACUCUAGGGGAGCUCCCCCACCACCCGUUGGAUCGGCUCCAAGACCCCCAGGAGCCCGUCCUCCGCCACCACCUCCUGGUACAGACUCACCGCCAGCUCCUCCAGUCAAUCCGCUAGUCGCCAAUCUUCGCAAGCCGCCCCCGCGGCCGGCUUCCCGCCCGUCGUCCACAGCAUCAAGUGCAUCGAUCAAGUCCGCUCCUGACGCGCCUCCUCGCGCACCUCCACCAUUGCCUGGCGCCCCUAAACACGCUCCUCCUCCCCCAAUUGCCUCGCGAAAGCCCUCCACCCCCGCUCCUCCUCCGCCUCCUUCAGCAAGUCCGGCUGCACCUCCUCCCCCACCUCCGCCGGCAGCAUCAGCCCCCCGGCCACCUCCAGCACCGGCACGCUCGACCCCUCCCCCGCCGCCUCCGCCAACAAAUGGCGCUGCGGCCACUUCUGCAGCUGUGCAAGCGGCCAGAAAUGCUCUCGGGCACACACCCUCCACGCCACCACCACCACCACCGCCACCUGCGGCCUCCGCCCCUUCAGCACCCCCACCACCGCCUCCCUCAUCUGCUCCUCCAGUGAUGCCUCCGACAGCAGCACCUCCACGACCAAUCUCAUAUGAAUCGAUAGCCAGUCCACCUCCGGAUCGUUCCACCCUGGACCCGAGCGCUUAUACCCUCAACGGCGGGCCGUCGGCGGGAUCUAGCCCUCGGAAUGCCGGCACGCACGGUGCAAUUCGGAUUGAUGAUCACAGGUUUAAGUUCCAAAGUGAAGGGCUACUGCCCAAGCCUCGACCGUUUGUUGGGGGUGCACGGCGGUACCGGGCAGGGCGUGGGAGCAGUGUGCCAUUGGAUCUUAGCGCACUGAGUGGCUAAGAGAAGAGUCUGCUUCCCAGCAAACAGAUUAUCUGUAUCAAUUGAAUACCAUUUAAGCGCAUUAGAUCCUGUGGAAGCGCCUUGUACUUCAUAUUAUUCGUAAGAGGUCAAAU